UCUGCUUUUUUAAUUACUACUUGUUUGUAAGACAAGUGAAUAUAACUGUUAUUUACAUACUUGUUGUAAUUAUUUACUUUUUUGUAGUAAUAAGAAUAUAUUAAGUCUAUAUUGAUAUCCAGGUGUACAAUACUAUUACGAAACUAAUAUUUUUCAGAAGUAAAGGAAAAGGGGUUCCGUCCUAUGCAUUCUUCUUUGACCUCAUUGGAUACUAGAUUGUUGUUGACGUCACCUGAAGAUAGUGCACAAGACUCUUAUAGACAUGAGAUUCGAAGUAGUAUACAGCCUAUUGCGGUUGCUCCAAAAAUGCACAGUAUUUCUAGGAUUUUGUCAUCGCAGCCAGAAUCGCUUAAGGAGACUGAGGAAAAAGCAGUGACAACAAUUGAAUCAAGCAGGUGGUCUUCAAAUGAUUUGGAAAUAUUCCAACAUCCAAUGCGGUUGAUCAGUAACGUUAUUGAGAAAAACGAAGCAGGAAAAGAAACCAAGACACUCCUUAAGAGCGAAGAAGAAGUAUUUGAUCAAAUAUCAAAGAUAGAUUGGCCAAUAGUUGUUGUAGCCGUUGCAGGUUUGUCUAAAACUGGAAAAUCGUAUCUAUUGAAUCGUCUGGCUGGGUCGAGCAAAGGUUUUGAGGUGGGAGAUACGAUUGAGAGAACAACCAGGAUUAUUUGGGCAUGGUGUAAAAAACAUCCCACUCAGUCGAAAACUGUUCUGUUGCUUCUUGAUACCGAAGGAAUUGGCGAUGUUGAAAAGGGUGACCCAAAUCAUGACAACAAGAUGUUUACCCUAGCGACACUCCUUUGCAACUGUUUAGUUUACAACAUGAAGGGAACGUUUGAUUACGACACCGUCUCUAAACUCACAUUUGUAACAGAAAUGGCAAGCAAUAUUAGAUUUCGGGGACAAUCGUCUGAGGAUAACCAGUCGAUCAGUCUUAUACUUCCUGACUUUGUUCUCUGUUUGAGAGAUUUCUGUCUUAAAUUGAUAAAAGAUGGGAAAAAGAUAACAGAAAACGAUUAUCUUGAGCAAACUUUAGCGGAGAACAAAAACAAAGCAGAACAGUUCAACAAACCAAGAGAAUGCAUCAGAAACAACUUCACGAGACGCGAAUGCUUUGCUUUCCCAUUUCCAUGUAAUAUUGAUGAUCUUGAGAAUCUUGAAACUUUGAGCUUUACCGAUUUAUCUGCCAAGUUCCAGGAUGUAACAACUCGGUUUACAUCCUAUAUAUACACAAUACCACCGAAGGAGUUACUAGCCAGUAAACCAUUAAAUGGACAAAUGUUCGUAACAUUGGCUGACCGGUACGUCACGGCUAUCAAACACGGUGCUGUACCAGAUGUUGAUGAUGCAUUUACAGCUGUAGCGAAAAUAGAAAAUGCUAAAAUUGAAAAAGAGGCUCAAGAAAUUUUUGAAAUUGAAAUGGAAAAAGUAAUGCUGCCAGUCUCUGAAAGUGAUUUGGGGGAACGUUACACAACCGCACAAAAGAUAGCUCUUGAUCAUCUUCGACAGAAUGUUAUUCAUGACUUUCAAGCGAAAUGUCACAUUCAAGCGCAGAGGAAAAUGGAUGCGAUUUGGGACAAGACAAUAGCAACUAAUGAGCAAAAAGUUCGAGAGAAAUGUGAGAAUACAUUGCAGAAUAUUUUUGAGAAAUAUCUGAAAAAGAAUAUAGAAAAUCGAGAAUAUGAAACAGCAGGUGGUCAUCGGAGAUACAAGCGUGAUGUUGAAAGAACCAAAGAUGAAUAUGUCAGUGUUCUCAGAGACUUCAGGGAAAACGAGAUUUUAGCUACAUGGUAUAGAUUUGUAGAAAGUAUGACCAAAACUGAAGCUACAAUAAUUGAAGCUGAUGGAAACAUUUCACAGCAGGAGAAAGAAGCCGAGCAAAGGCGAAACAAAGAAAAACUCGAUGAAUUAUUGAAGCAGCAAAAGAAAGCUCAGGAAGACGCGUUAGAGAAACAGAAAAAAGAUUUAGCAGAUCAUUAUGAAAAGCUAGAUAAAGAUCGUAGUAAUCAGCAAGCAGCAGAUAAAGAAAAGUAUGAAGCAUUGGUGAAAGAAAAGUUGGAAAAAGAAGCAGCACAAAAAGAAGCUGAACGCUACAAACUUGCACAAGAAGCUGCAGAAAAGGAAGCUGCACGCUAUAGAAAGGAACAAGACGACGCUCGAAAGGAGGCUGCGCGCUUAAGAAAAGAAGAAGAAGAGAGAAAGCAAAAGUGGGUCCCUACAAGAGUAUGGAAUGCGAUCUUGAAUUACUAAGCAUAAACAUUUGCUUUCUUAAAUACACUAUGAAAAACUUUAAGUCAGUAGUUACACAUGUGUUUUAUGUACAAGUAAUGGUGUGAUAUCCGUUUAAUUUAACGUUUCUUUGCACUGUGUCAUAUUUACAUAGAGGAUUUUAUUGUUUCUUGCACAUUUUUGGUUUAACAUUACUUAAUCAUCGAAAAAUCAACAUUAUAUCUAACUUCAUAUAAGUAUAUUUUUAAUUUUAUAAGUUUAUUUCCGUUUUAAUGCUAUAAAUGAUUUGUGAAACAAAAUCAUACUUAUUUCAACAUUUUACAUUCCUAUUGCUUGUCCUAUUUAAGUAAUUUUAAUUUAAUUAGUUGUUAUUCAAAGCUUGGUAUUUAGAAUUAUAGAUUUUUUAAACCCUCAAAAUGUCAGAAAUUUCCAAUUAGAAUUUACCAUUUAUCUUGACAACUUUAAGAACCAUAACAUCUCAACCAUAGCAAAUACUUGAAUAUAAUAAGAAAAUUAUAAAACAGUUUAAUUGCUGGUACAACAUGUACAUGAAAUACACCUAAGGAUGAAUUGUGUUGACUAGCAAUAUGUUAUUGUAUCAACUAAGUAAUUUAAAGGUGAUAAUGAAAUUAAAUGAAAUUAUAAAAGUUUUUUUUUUUAAUUUUAAUUUUUGAUAAUUUUUCAGCAUGUCUUUAAUAUGUUCAUUGGUUCAGAUAACUUCUGAUUGU